AAUUUUCUUUCUCCAAAAUUAGUCAAAAUCUCAUAGCUAGGGUUUUUUUUUUUUUUUUUUUUUUGCUUCGAAUCGGGGCAAUAGAGAGGGUCUACUCGACUCUCGGGUUCGUUCGUUCAGUGCGUUUCGUACUGUUAGGGUUAGGGAUAGGGUUUAUUGAUGGGAACGGAGAGGAAGAGGAAGGUGAGCUUGUUCGACGUGGUGGACGAGUCGAAGAUCGCCAAAAUCAACGGCGGCGCCUUCUCGUCCUCGGCGGCGGCGAUGAGCAACAGUGUUAGUAUUAUUGGCGGAGGCAAUAGCAGCAACCCCGCGAUCAAUAGCUGGACGGGGAGGCCGUACUCGCAGAGGUACUAUGAGAUUUUGGAGAAGCGGAGAGGCUUGCCUGUUUGGCACCAGAAAGAAGAGUUCUUGCAAGUUCUCAAGGCUAACCAGACUCUCAUCCUCGUCGGUGAGACUGGUAGUGGCAAAACCACUCAGAUUCCCCAGUUCGUUUUGGAAGCGAUUGAUUUAGAAACUCCAGAUAAGCGCAGGAAGAUGAUGAUUGCGUGCACCCAGCCUCGUAGGGUGGCUGCUAUGUCUGUUUCUCGUCGUGUUGCUGAAGAGAUGGAUGUAACUAUCGGAGAAGAGGUUGGUUAUAGUAUCCGUUUUGAAGACUGCAGUAGUGCAAGAACAGUUUUGAAGUAUUUAACAGAUGGUAUGCUUUUAAGAGAAGCGAUGACAGAUCCGCUUUUGGAACGCUACAAGGUCAUAAUUCUUGAUGAGGCUCACGAAAGAACAUUGGCAACUGAUGUUCUGUUUGGACUUCUGAAGGAAGUGUUGAAAAAUAGACCUGACCUGAAGCUAGUUGUAAUGAGUGCUACUCUUGAGGCUGAAAAAUUUCAGGGUUAUUUUUUUCAAGCACCACUUAUGAAAGUUCCUGGGAGGCUUCAUCCGGUGGAAAUAUUUUACACUGAAGAGCCUGAAAGGGACUACCUGGAGGCAGCAAUCCGAACUGUUGUGCAAAUUCAUAUGUGUGAAACUCCUGGAGAUAUACUUGUGUUUCUCACUGGUGAGGAGGAGAUAGAAGAUGCAUGCCGAAAAAUAAAUAAAGAAGUUGCAAAUAUGGGUGACCAGGUGGGACCUGUCAAAGUAGUGCCUUUGUAUUCUACCCUUCCUCCAGCUAUGCAGCAGAAGAUAUUCGAACCAGCUCCACCUCCUGUGAAAGAGGGUGGUCCUGCUGGAAGGAAGAUUGUGGUGUCAACAAACAUUGCUGAAACUUCUUUGACCAUUGAUGGUAUAGUAUAUGUAAUUGACCCUGGGUUUGCAAAACAAAAAGUUUAUAACCCACGAGUGCGUGUGGAAUCAUUGUUGGUAUCUCCGAUCUCUAAGGCUAGUGCACACCAGAGAUCAGGGCGUGCUGGAAGAACUCAGCCUGGAAAAUGCUUUAGACUUUACACUGAGAAAAGUUUCCAGAAUGAUCUUCAACCACAGACCUAUCCAGAAAUAUUAAGAUCAAACCUUGCAAAUACGGUUCUUACUUUGAAGAAACUGGGAAUAGAUGAUCUAGUGCAUUUUGAUUUUAUGGAUCCCCCUGCUCCAGAGACAUUGAUGCGGGCUUUAGAGGUUUUGAAUUACCUUGGAGCGUUAGAUGAUGAUGGAAAUCUGACAAAGCUGGGCGAAAUUAUGAGUGAAUUUCCAUUGGAUCCUCAGAUGUCAAAGAUGCUCGUUGUUAGCCCUGAGUUCAACUGUUCAAAUGAAAUUCUAUCAGUUUCUGCCAUGCUUUCAGUACCCAAUUGCUUUGUCCGGCCUAGGGAGGCUCAGAAAGCUGCUGAUGAAGCAAAAGCUAGGUUUGGGCACAUCGAUGGAGAUCACCUCACGCUUUUGAACGUAUACCAUGCAUACAAGCAAAACAAUGAGGACCCAUCAUGGUGCUAUGAGAACUUCGUCAACCAAAGGGCAUUGAAGGCUGCUGAUAAUGUUAGACAACAGCUCGUGCGUAUCAUGGCCAGGUUUAACCUCAAAUUGUGCAGCACUGAUUUCAACAGCCGUGAUUACUACAUCAACAUAAGGAAGGCUAUGCUAGCAGGUUAUUUCAUGCAGGUAGCUCACCUGGAACGUACUGGACACUACUUGACAGUGAAGGACAACCAAGUGGUGCACUUGCAUCCAUCGAAUUGCUUGGAUCACAAGCCGGAGUGGGUCAUCUAUAAUGAAUAUGUUCUAACAAGCAGGAAUUUCAUUCGGACGGUGACAGAUAUUCGUGGUGAAUGGAUAAUUGAUAUAGCACCACAUUAUUAUGAUCUGACGAACUUCCCGCAGUGUGAGGCUAAGCGUGUUCUUGAGAAGCUUUACAAGAAGCGGGAGAAGGAGAGGGAGGAGAGCAGGAACAGAAAGUGAUAAUAUUUUCAGCUUUGGCAUCUUUCAACUCCUUAUUUGCCUUUUCUACAACGGAAAGGAGGAGCCAUUUCCUGAGAUCUCAAUUCUUUCAUUAUAUUAGCCAUUGUGUAACUCUUCAGGAGGACCAGCUUGGCAGUGAAAUCGGUGGAAAUUUGGCAAUGUUUCUGUACCAUUAACUAGUGCUAGUUUUAGUUAACUAUAAUUUUCUAUUGUAUUGAUUAUCUUAAUUUAUUCUGGAUUUGAUGGUUUCAUUUAAGAAAAACGGGAAUUAAUGUUAUCUAUGCUACAGGGAACAGGAUUCCCUCACUUGGGCUUUA